AUGAGGAUCAAGCUAUUGGGAAAUGCCGACCGCUUUCCCACACUACAGUCUAAGUUAUCCUAUGCAUUCAGCCGAUUGGAGGGUGUUGCCGCCAAUCAGUUCUUACAAUAUGUCGGAGAAGAAGGUAUCGCUUUGCCUUCCAUGUUACGGUUUUAUGAAAUCUUGGAUACUGCUUUCGGGGAUCCUGAUCGAAUGCGUACGGCUAGGAGGAAUCUUAGGAACAUCCGUCAACGAAACCGAACCUUUGCCGAUUACUUCGCCGAAUUUCAACGGUAUGCUGCCGAGUCAGGGAUGGAUGAAGUCUCUAGGAUUGAGGCUUUGAUGGAAGGCAUUAAUGCGGAACUCGAUGAAUCAAUGAUACACCAUGAAACUCCUACGACGAAGGCUAGCCAGAGUGAAGCUCUGAGUGCUCAGCGAUCCUCCACAUCCUCUGAGCAUUGGAAGUCCGCCAGCAGUGGAAGAGACUAUGCCUGGGAAGUCUACAAUAAGCGGAAGCUCUACUGCAAUGAUUAA